AUGAUAAGGGAGAGCAUCAUACGGAAAUAUCAGGAGAUCCAGGCCGUCCUGGACGAGGACCUGAGGAUGACCCUGUCCCACCUGGAGAUGGAGGAGCGGGCUGCUGUCUCCGCCCUGGAUGGGCUGAUGGAAAAUAACUGUUCUUUGAUCCAGAAGAUAGAGCAGGACCUGGCCAGACUCACUGUGGCAAUGGAACAGACCGAAAUAGACGACACAAUGCAAGACAUGGAGACAGAUGACAGAGUCAUGGAUCUGCUAAACAGGACAGACCCGAGCAGUGUGAGCCUGGACGAAGUUAAAGCUGACCAGAUCCUCAGCCUCACCAACAACAUGCUUCUGCUUAUCAGCUCACAGACCCCUAUAAUCAAGAAACUAACCAAUAGUUAUUCCAGUGAGGUGUGUCUGGACCCAGAGACGGCCCACCCAAAGCUGAUCAUCUCCCCCCAAGGUGACAGUGCCACCUACACAGACACCUGGCAGCAACUUCCUGACCUCCCUGGGCGCUUUGACACCACCCUCAAUGUCAUCAGCUUGCAAGGAUUCAGCUUUGGUCGCCAUUACUGGGAGAUUGAUGUGACUGGGAAGACUUACUGGGAGCUGGGCGUCACUUAUCCAAACAUUCCCCGCAAGGGUGCCACUGAGGACUGCUGGCUGGGCCGCGGGGACGAGUCCUGGUGUGUGGAGUUCUUUGAUGGGGAGUAUACAGCCUGGCACGGAGGUGUGCCCCAUCAGCUGCCUUUCACAAAACGCUUCUGUCGGAUUGGCGUGUUGUGUAGUUUCCCUGCGGGCUUGGUGACGUUCCUUGAGGCAGACAACAUGACGCCACUGUUCUCCUUCUGUGCAGGAACCUUCUCAAACUGCCUCCACCUGGCCCUGUGUCCUGGUCACGACCACAAUGGAACCAAUGCUAAGCCUGUUGUGAUCUGUAAUGCUCAGUCUCCUUCCAGUGAUCUCUGAUUAGUGGCUCCACAGAAAAGUAGUUCCAUUUUCUUA